AUGCCCCGACUCACAAUUCAGAGCCGAAACAGGUUCACUAAGCUUAGUCGUCUACCGAAUGAAGAUUACCGAUAUGGGUUGGAGUUUCCUGUAUUGGAUGUGAACCAUCCAAUACAUGGUGAAGAUGAUGUGCCAGAUCCCACUGAAGAUGAUGUAGGUGUGAUCCAGCCAAAUCCGGCUGAAAAUGAUGUACGUUUUCAACCAUAUCCGUUUAUAGAUGAUGAAUCAGAGUUGGGUGAAGACUGA